AGAGGAGCACGUGAAAAGAUACUGGUGAAAUUUGAUGUGGUGAAAUAUCCGCAAGGCAACCAGACAAGCGAGCGUCUGUGUCAAGGAUCGGCUAUUCCAUCCAUAUUGAGAGCUUAAACCACCUGCUAUACCUCCCCACUGGUUUCUCCGCCCCCCACCGCCUCAAAGCUUUCUGGAAUUGCGCGCCAAAUUCAGUGAACAUGACGUCCAGUUUUCUUCUGGACACCCUCCCCUUCAUGGGCUCCGCCUCCAUCCCCCGACCUUCCCUCUUCCUUCGAUCUUUACCCUCUUCCAACACUCCCUCCUCCUUCUCCUCUCACUUUCGGAGCUUUGAUCGUUCUCUUCGACUUCCCGGCCUCCGUCCGCUGCCGCCGGCUGCCGGCCACUCCCUCCUGGUUAAUUCCGUCCCGCCAAGAAGUGGCGUUUACACUGUUGGUGAAUUUAUGACAAGGAAAGAGGAUUUGCAUACGGUAAAGCCUACAACAUCUGUGGAUGAAGCUCUUGAAACUCUUGUAGAACACAGGAUAACUGGUUUUCCUGUAGUCGAUGAUGACUGGAAAUUAGUUGGUGUUGUUUCCGAUUAUGACUUGUUGGCAUUGGACUCCAUAUCAGGUAAUCCACAGACUGACAAUAAUGAUAUGUUUCCAGAAGUUGACAGCACUUGGACAACUUUCAACGAAGUUCAGAAACUGCUGAGUAAGACCAAGGGGAAAAUGGUCGGUGAAUUAAUGACCCCUGCUCCUAUGGUGGUUCGGGAAACCACUGAUCUUGAGGAUGCUGCUAGGUUAUUGCUUGAGACAAAAUUUCGACGUCUCCCCGUUGUUGAUGCUGAUGGAAAGUUGGUUGGGCUUAUUACCAGAGGAAAUGUAGUCAGAGCUGCGCUUCAAAUUAAACGAGACAACGAAAAGAAAGCAUUUUAGAAUUUGGAAUCCAGUUUGGAGGAGGAAGUAAAUUCCCUUUGUGGCCACAGCAGAUAGUUAUGAUUAGAAUCAAAGUUUUGGUUAAUGCAUGUGUAUUUUAUAUAUCAUAGUAUCAUUGUUUUGCAGUUAAACGUCUGAAAUGGCUGUCAUUAUCAAGACGUUUGCUGCUUGAAGUGAAAUGUCUGUUACCCUUCCUGCUUGGAGCCGGGCAUUAACUAUUUAGAAUCGCAGAUAGAACGAUUGCUGAAAAUGGUGGAUGCAUUUUCAACAAUGUUAUUUUCUACAGCUCUUGGGGGCACGCCAUUUUGCCAUCCUUUAUUUCUUA